GCAGAUCCAACGAAACCUUUCGCAACAUGGUUAGUCCUAGGACUUUAUCAACUCUCCUGCUGCUCCUCCUGGGAGCAGCCGUGGUACUCUGCGUAGACAAAGAAAAUUGCCAUAACUACGGACCAACCAUAUCCAUCAAGUCACCCAUAUCAGGGCUGUCUACCGUUGGCUGCUUUCACGAGGGGCGAUUCCGCAAAUUGGGGCUCAAAUGGUCGAGCUCCCAGUGCGAAAAUUGCGACUGCACGUCCGACGGCAUCCAAUGCUGCUUGUCCAUAAGCAAGCCGGUGAUGUUCCCGGAAGACUGCAGGCUGGAUUUGGACCUGGACCAGUGCAAAUACAACCUGGUGAAGAAGAACAACCCGAGCGAGAAGUGCUACGUCCAGCACAUGUCUCUCUCGUAGUCAGCCCCAGAGAUGGUGGCACCACGGGUUCGCUCACGACCCCAGCCACAACGUGACACAGUGACGCAUGCUCAGCUAAUCAUUGACCCCCCCCUCGCCGCCGCUUGCACUCCCCCCACCCAGUCCACUCGGCAGAGAUGGGCAAAACACAUCGACAUCACGAAUCACAAAUUACCGACGUAAAGCCACGUUGAUACAAAAGACCGAUCAACGGUGUUGCGUGUCAUUUACACACGAAUGCUCAAUUGUGUCAAGCGGGUGUAAUGUAAGAAUGUAGAUGCUAUUGAUAUAACUGCCCAUCUCCUGCCGGGCGUAGGUGGUGGGUGCAAUAAACCCCCACACUUCCCUUUACCGCACGAUGCUUCGCAUAGCUUCGGACAGGUUCCGUUGUAGCGGUGGUUUACGCUACCGAGUUCAGCUGCUGCUGCUGUGCUUGAAAGUAUGCGCUCUGAUGUGGAUUCAGGUUUAAAUUGUGUUGUAAAGUUCAGCCCUGCAAUUGCUGGCUGGCAAAAUGGGGCCUUCCCCCCACUUGAUGGAGCUCUAGUAUUAUUUGGAAAUGUCCUCAUUGUACUCUGAUCAUUUAACAACGUUGACUCCAGCGUGCGAUGGCGAAGUUUGUUUUUGUUGUUGUUUGGCCCCGGUCUGCAUGCCGCCCUUUUGACGCCUCUGAUGAACGAGGAGGGAUGGGUUGAGCCUGGCUCGGCACUUAGUUCGUGGCGGUCUUGCCACGUGUUGUAGGCGUGCCGUGCUACGAACUUGUGACCAGGACGUGGAAGUGGAAUGUCACCCAUCUCCUAGGCGUGCUGGGAUGUUCUCCCGGGUCCUCCGAUUUCCCUCCCACGUGAAGCCAAACGCUCAAUAAAUGAAUUGCCCAAACAUCCCGGUGUAGCAAUGCAAUAAUAAAAGACUGAGAGACUGUGAGUGGAAUUUUUGUGGGUAAACCAUUUGAAUGUUGAUGAAUAUAUUGUCUCAUCUGAUGUGGAUAAUUGUCAAUCGAAGCAAUGUUGAAAUCUGUGACCCGAUGUCGAAUUUCUGGAUAUGUUGUCUUGUUUAGAGAAAACGAUUGUUUUACAUCAGUCAAUUGCAAUGCUAAGUUGUGAGAUUCCAUGAUUUACUUAAACGUUAGCAAUUCAACCAUAUAUAUAUAAACAUCGCCCAACGAGAUGGGUGUAAUAAUAGGGCCCAUUGGGUAAGGCAUUGGCCAGUUUUGUCCCAAAGUUCAUAGGACUACCACUAUAUCAUGGCACACAGCAAGGGCUCUGUGUUUCCAAUCAUCAUGAAUUGUGGGUAUCAAUAUUAAACACUCGAACAACGUUACUAAAUAACAUUUUCAAAAGUGUAAAAAAAAAAACUGUUCUAUCACCAUGUUCAAACGACCGGAACGGAAAAAAAAGUUUAUUGUUGUUUGGUGUUUGUAUAUUGUUUUUGUUCAAAACCAAAUUUUUUUUUUACAAAAACGGAGAAAAUUAUCAGGCCAGAAUUUUUUUUUUCUUGACGGAAAGUUCAGCCGGAAAAUUCCAACGUUGAGCAAGGGAGGGAGGGAAGGAAGGAGUGGGUGGCCGCGAAUGCGCACACGCGGCAACUUUAGAACGUGGCACUCCGCGCGCGGGGCGCGUCCCAAGUGGCGGACGUUGGCGAGACGUCAGACCGGACAGAAUGGUGUCAGAGCCAUACGUAACAAACGUUAUACGGAGCACUCGUGGUAUCUUUGGAAAUACUUGCGACUGCAGGGUAUGCGUUGCGCUUGUUUUUUUUUCUCCUGAUGAUUUGUCACGAGGUUAUGAUUUCUAAUCAAAAUCAUCCUUCAAUUAAAGUCAAUUUAAGCUUC